AUGCCAGAGCCAGCUGAGAUGAGCGGUCCAGAAGUGGCAAAGACCCCUGGGGGAGGGGCCCCAGGGAAGGAGGGCAAGGAGCCGGUGGCAAACGGGCAUCCAGGAGACGGCAACGAGGCCAACCCAUUCGCCGAGUACAUGUGGAUGGAGAACGAGGAGGAGUACAACAGACAGGUGGAGGAGGAGCUGCUAGAGCAGGAGUUCCUGGAGCGUUGCUUUCAGGAGAUGUUGGAGGAGGAGGACCAGGACUGGUUCAUUCCCUCACGUGACCUGAACAACACCGGAGUGAGUCAGCUGCAGCAGCAACUCAACGGGCUGUCGGUGUCAGAGCACAGCAGCCUGGAGGAGCUGGCGAGGAAGAGUGUGUUGAAUCCGGAGGCAAAGGAGUUCGUCCCUGGGAAGAAGUACUAG